AUGGCCUCGCUCGGGGACCUGCUGCGCGACUGGCACCAGGGCGCGCAGGCUGUGGCGCGCGGGGACUGGGACUGCGCCCUGCGCCUCUUCUCGAGCGUCUCGGAGCCGCCCGCUAGGGUGAGCUUCAACGUGGGCUGCGUGCACCUGCUGGCCGGGGACCCGGAGGCCGCGCUGCGGGCAUUGGACCAGGCGGUGACUAAGGAUGCCUGCUUGGCUGUCGGCUUCCUCCAGCGUGGAGUGGCCAACUUCCAGCUGGAGAGGUUCCAGGAGGCCCUGUCUGACUUCCAGCGCACCCUGGCCCAGCUGAGGGAUAACACCACUAUUGACUACACCCAGCUGGGCCUGCGGUUCAAGCUGCAAGCCUGGGAGGUGCUGUUCAAUGUGGCUGCCGUGCAGAGCCAGCUGGGGCUCUGGGCAGAGGCUGCUUGCAGCCUGGGGGACGCCAUCUCCAAGGGGCCAGAAGGGGUCCGCAAUGACCUGGACAUCGCCCUGGGCCAAGUGCAGAAACAGGUCCCCCUGCAGCCUCGGCAGGUCCCCAGGGGUGAGGUCUUCCGGCCCCAUAGGCGGCACGUGGAGCACCUGGAGCCUGUGGAUUUCCUGGGCAAGGCCAAGGUGCUGGCCUCCGCCCUCCCCGCCGGCUCACGCGGGGUCGCCCCGCCACAGCCACAGGCUCUGGACGUGCGUGGUGAAGCCAGGCCCAGGGCUGCUGCACGGGCCCGUGACACUGCCCCCGGCAGAGCUGACACCCCCUGCAGCCCCAGGACACCCGCUGACAUGGAGCUGGAGGUCAGCUCCGGCCAGGCUGGGCAGCACGACCACGGCACGCUGGUUACCCAAGAGAGUGCCCACGGGGAGCACGCUGGCCAGCAGGUUCCUCCAGGGCUACUGGCAGCUGGGGAGCCCAGCCCUGGCUCCUCCGAGGAGCCCACCGGCGCAGGGGUAAGAGCCAGCAGCUGUCACGUCACCCCCACUCCCCAGGGACGUGAAGGCCCCGAGGCCAGGCCCCGCUCCGAUCCAGCUGAGGAAGCCUCCCAAGUCCGUGGCCCCCGCCCCCCACUCCGCCCCUGCCCUGCCCCUGGGCCUGAAGCCCACCCUGGCUGGACCUGGGGCCUUGGGGCCCAGCCACUGUUCUCCUGCACCCAGGGAGCAGCUCCGGGGGACCCUGAGUCCUUGGUGACCGUCACCGUGCAGUGCGUUCUCACCCUGAGCCUGACGGCCCCGAGGGGAGCUGACCUGUCCAGGCUGCAGGCCCUGAUGAGCGAGGCCCUGCCCCGCCACGCCCAGCGUGCCCAGCUCAGCUACCAAGACCCCAGCGAGGACGGGCGCUGGGUGCCCCUUUCUGGGGAGGAGGCGCUGCGGAGGGCCUGGCGGGACGCGGCCGGCCCUGGGGGUCUGCAUCUGCAGUGCCGGGGAGUGGGCGGCCGGCCGGUCCUCUACCAGGUGGUGGCCCAGCACGUCUACUCUGCCCAGAGGCCCGAGGAUCUGGCCUUGCAGCCAGGAGACACUGUGGAUGUCCUGUGCGAAGUGGACCAGGCCUGGCUGGAGGGCCACUGUGAUGGCCGCACCGGCAUCUUCCCCAAGAGCUUCACUGUCCCGGCCGCGCGGCGCGCCUGA